UUUCAAAAGUUGAACCGUUGCCGUUUGUUUUGUUCGUUCGUUGUUUUAAUAAUUUGUAAUUUAAUGUAUUUCUAAACUAGUGCUUAGAUAUAAGGUGAUAAAAUGUUAGAACAAAGACAUUCGGACAACGAAGUGUCCAGGCGGGACAUACCUUCGUUCAUUGAGCCUCGGCCUCCGUUAAUACAAAAUCCGUUCAUGCGGCCGAGACCACAAAAGGGAACUAAUCUGUUGGAGUUAUUUGAGGAAGAUUCAGAGCUUGAGGAGCCGGAGUUAGUGCAGGUGUACUUGAGGCUGAAGCCGUGUAAAAUUCCUAACAGCUUAUACGAGAUUCGUUCGGACAAGUGCCUAGUGACUUCUUUGGACACGGCUACGGCAGGCCACGGGCGCCGCACCCAACACAAUGUCUCCAAAAUGUAUACGUUCUCCAAGAUUUUCGGCGCAGAGUGCAAUCAGAAAGAAAUAUUUGAAUCAGUGGUCAAAGACAAUCUUCGCAAACUCCCAGAUGGGCAGAACUUUACCCUCCUCACAUAUGGUGCAUCUGGCUCCGGUAAGACAUAUACCCUCAUGGGUACAGUAGGAGCUCCCGGCCUGGUGCCGCGUUCCUUGGAGUAUGUGUUCAGACUGGUGGAUGCAGCUCAACAGCCAGCGUUUAGACCAGCUGAGAGUGGUGCUGAGAAACUCAGUCAUCAUGAGCAGGACUAUGAGUUACAGUGGGUGAAGAGAUUACGUCACGUCUCGGCGCCACUCCGCGACAAGUACCGGCGCAUGAGUGUGCAGCUACACAGUGACCUGACUGCCAGCUCCUUAGACCUGUCCAACAGGAUCCGACACUAUGUUUGGGUAUCCUUUGUGGAGAUUUAUAACGAAGCUGUGUACGACUUAUUGGCUCCUCCUGAAAAGAGGACUAAGCUAAGGAUCAGAGAGGACACAUCAGGAAAUGUUUAUGUGAAGGGUGCAACACAAGCCUUCGUCCGUUCAGGCGAGGAAGCAUACGACGUGAUGGUGGCCGGCAAACACAACUUAGUAGUUGCAGCGACGGGCGUACACGCGCAUUCUUCACGAUCCCACUGCAUAUUCACUAUUACUAUGCUUACUGAAGCUGGCGACGGCACAGUCCGCACAUCGUACGUGCGUCUAUGCGACUUAGCCGGCUGCGAGCGAGCUCGCGCCACCCGCAACACGGGCGCCAGGAUGCUGGAGUCCCGCGCCAUCAACUCGUCGCUGCACGUGCUGGAGAGGUGCCUGCACAUGCUGCGCCGCAAGCAACGGACGAGGAACGACGCUAUGGUGCCUUACAGAGAGUCGAAGCUAACCCGCCUGCUAGGCACGGGUCUGUCGGGCACCCGCGGGGAAGCCGUCAGCAUGGUGGUGACGCUCAACCCCUCGCCCGAGUACGCGCAUGAGACCAAGCAUGUGCUCAGUCUGGCUGCCGUCGCGCAGGAUAUACAGAUAAACAACACGAUGCUUCUCUCGACGUUAGAGAGUAGUACGCAAGACACUACAGUGAAUUGUAGCUCUGAAGUUAUGAAGCUGAGGUCUGAUAAUGAGAGACUACACUUUGAACUAGUGCAAGCGCAAGCCCGCAACAGGGAACUCCUGGCCACUAUGGAGGAACAUCAGCAAGAGUCCGCCAACACCAUGCGCGAGGUGGUGGAGGAAGCUAAGGAUCUCACCAAACAAUACUAUGAGGCACAGCUUGAGGCGUUACGCAGUGAGAUGGAAGAUAUGGUUGAAGAAUACGAAAGCAGGCUAGCCAAAAUACCAGUAUUGGAGGAGAAAUUAACAGCUGAACGUCUGGCGAGAGCGAGAGCUGAGGAAGAAGUAGAACAUCUGCGUACUUGUAUUGAAGAAAGAGACGAAAAAGCAUUCAAAGACAAGACCCCAUCGCGCGAAGACGUAAUGUCACUAUCCGACAGCGAGCAUGAAUCUGAUGGUGAAACCAACGACCCGCUUAAUGAGAGCUUAGAACCUCUUUUCAAAAAGGACCUCAACAGAUCUGUGUCCAUAGUCGUACACCAUGACAACCGUGACAACGCUAGCGUACAUACUAUAGACAAUAUUGACGAAGAAAAUGACAGUGAUAUAGAAAAAUCACAUGAAACACUAAAGAAUGAUCGUUCUAGAAACUCUUCUUACGCUACUGGUGAAGAUGAUGAUGAUGAUUUAAAUGUGUCUGUUAAGAAAAUUGAUGAAGUAAAAGACAGUGUUGCUGAUGUCACUGAAACUUUUGACGAGAGUGUUAAAACUGAGACAAAUGUUACUUAUGAUAAUGAAUUAACAGAUAGGUGUGAUGAAAGCUUGAAAAAUAAUAGUAACACAACAUACAAUAGUGAAUUAACUUACGAUAGAUACGCGGAAGACCCAAAAACUGAUUCAAGAGAUGCAGACAACGAAAUGCAAUCUAAAAAUGAAUCUAUAAAAAGUACAAAACAUGAAGUUCGAGGAACUUAUUUUGUUAGCGAAAGUAAAAUCAGCGAAAAUGGCGGUUUCAGCGAAGUUUCUAAAGAAAAGCUAAUAAGUUCUUUCAGAGGCACUUACUUUGUCAAGUCACCUGUUAUAAAGGCACCGCAAAAUGUUGACAGGAAUGAAAAAGAAGCUGCAACUGAGAAAUUCAAAGUGCCAAUAGUAGAUCAGCCUUAUGCUGAUACAAAAGUAAAAGAACCAGAAAUAAAAACUAUCAAUAAACAAAAGGAAAAUGUUAACACAGCUAACACUAUAGAACUGCCUAUAAAUAAAAUAACUAGAGGCAAAUCAAAUAUUGAUAUGAAAGCUCCCGUAAAAUCAGAACCUGUAGCCACCAUGAUGAGAGCGAAAACUAACAUCAAUAUGAAAUCAUCAGAAAAAGUGGCAGAAACACUUGUAGGAAAAAUAAUACGAUCUUUCAAGUCUAACCACGGCAGUGACGCAUCUUUGAGGCAGUUUGAACAAUUAGAAAUAGCUUCGAAAGAAGAUGAUGAUGACAAACAAAAUCAAUCAGUAUUCGGUAAUAUUAAAAUUCUGAAAGAAAAAAGAACUUAUUUUGAUAAUGUGUUAGAUAACAAUAAUAAGCCUAAAGUCGAUUGUAAAGAGGAAAUCGCCGUAGUAAAAGAAAAGCGCACAUAUUUUGAUAAUAUCAGCGCAAACGUUGACGUUUGUAACAAACAUGUAAAUAAAUUGCAAAAAAACGAUGACGACAGGUCGCCAUCAAUUGUCAAAGAAGUCGUCAAUGACGAUUUUGAACCUAGCACUAUUAGAAAACUUUUAGGUGAGAGUUUUACUAAGCCUGACGUAAUAUCAUCCAUACACAAGACUAAAAUAACUAAGAAACAUGAUUCUGUUGACAUAUUCGAUGGAUUCGAUUCUCCUAUUGCUCCAAAAGCAAAAGAAAAAGUUGACAAUGAUGAAAUGGCUAGACAAUCUAUUGAAAAACUUGUUUUAGACCAGCUUUCAGUUAAGAAAGAUAAAAAUGCCGAGCCAAGACUAUCUAUAAGAGAAAUCAUUGAACCUGAAGAUAAUGAAGUACAAAUUAAUACUAAGAAGGAAAUGAAAUUAGAACCAAUGUCAUCAGUUGAAGAAAGUAAUGACAAUAUUCGAGGAUUUAAAAAAGACGCUAAGUUAGAACCUGCAUCAUCCACUGAUGAACCGAAUCAAACAAUGAAUGAUCAUACUAGAAGUGACAAUACAAUGGAGGAAUUUGAGAAUAUUUACAAAAACAUAUCUGCCCCCAGAGCCACAGAAUUCGACUUACUUGUAUCACAAGAAGCAAAUGAAAGUACGGAAAAACAUGACAAGGAUGACUUAAAAUACAAUUUGAGAAAAAAGAAACAGUCACACCAUACUAAAAAUGACGACGAGAAAAGUAAUAAGGAGGUUGAAGAAGUAAUUUUAGCUGAAAGUCACGCGAAGUGUGAAGGCAAGGCAAGGAAACGUCCUCUAAGAUUAAGACGAAAGAAAAAUCAGGAUGAUGAUUCGGACGAUAAACUUAAAGACAUUGUGAACUUACAAUCGGAAUUCUCUGACGUGACAAUGGGCGUCCCUGCUCCCAAGAAAGAUGUCAAAGACAUACCCUCGCCUGAAAAGGCGUUAGACGAAAAUCUACCACCUUCAUUCGGGAUACAGAGUUGCCCUUCUAAAAUGGGCACCAGAAAUCGUAGAAAGUUAUUCACACCUCGCGCGGAACCUUUGGAAGAGUCCUUAACUCAAACUGGUAAUAGUGACGAACGCAUCUACGUGCCAAGACCGUCUUACCACCGCCCCAGAGCCCGCCGUAAAUUGUAGACUAAUGUACUGAACUUUAAAUCUUUAUUAAUUAAUAUGAAAUGUAUCAAAUUACUUUAUCAUGUAUCAAUAAAUAUAAUUAUGUAGUUAUGGUUA